UCGUCUCUUGUCCCCCCUCUGCAGGUGUCCUCCAUGGACUUUAUGGCGAUGAAGCGCUCGCAGCUGUACAACAUGGCCAACAAUCCUUACUCCUCCCCACAGCAGCCGGGGGGCGGGCCUUACCCUCCUAGCCAGCCAUACACGUCGCCUCCUCCACACAGAUAUCCAAUGAGCAUGCAGGGGAGGGGCCAGAUGGGCAUGGGCGGGAUGCAGUACCCUCAACAGCAGCAGGUGGCGCCGUACGGCCAGCAGGGGAUGGGGGGCUACAGCCAGCAGCAGGCGGGGCAGCAGGGAAACCCUCCUUACUUCAGCCCCCCUCAGCAGACCCCUCCAGGCCAGACUCAGAGCCCCUACCUGCAACCUCGCCCGCCGCCUCAACAGGAGGCCCAGCAGGAGACCUACGUCACCAGGGGUCCGGACCCGGGGAACUCUGGGAAGGCCAACAAUGAGGACGGCGUCGCCCAAGACCGCCCGUCCAGUCUGCCGGAUCUGUCCGGUUCCAUUGAUGACCUCCCCACCGGGACGGAGGCCGGUCUGGGCUCAGCCGGCGGCGGCGGCGGCGGUGGCGGCGGCUCCUCCUCCAGCAGCAGCAGCAGCAGCAGCAGCACCAGCAGCCACGGGGAGCACGGAGGCCCCAGCAACCAGGGACAGUCCCCCUUCUCCCCUCACGCCUCCCCCCACCUCGCCAGCCAGCGGAGCGGGCCGUCUCCCUCCCCCGUGGGCUCCCCCGCGGGCUCCACUCAGUCCCAGCAGUCGCGAUCGGGCUCCGGACCCAUCUCUCCUGCCGGCGGACCCUCGGCCAACGUCACCGCGCCGGGUUCCUCGAUGGCCCCCCAGAGCUCUGGCAACGGACCGGAAGGAUCCCACCCGCCCGUCACCCGCUCGCCCAUGACUCAGGAGAAAGGGUUCAUGUCCAACAUGCAGAGGAACCAGGGCAGCUCUCCGUUUGCGUCUCCUCAGUCCGGACCGCCUCUGUCCUCCCACCCGUCCCCUGGUGGCCCCAUGUAUUCUGUGGUGGGACCGUACUCCCACGGCGGCCCCACGGGCCCUUAUGGACCUCAAGCGUCACAGUACGGACACCAAGGUAACUAUCCUCGGCCCUCCAGCUACGGCGGGCCCGCCAGCACCGGCUACAGCGGCCCCGGCCCCGGCAUGACCAACAGUCUGGGGAUGAACGCAAGCAGCCCCAUGCACGGCCAGGGGCCCGGCCAGCCCAUACCUGUGGGACGCAGCCACGGCCCGGGCAGCCAGAACAGGGUGUACCCGCCGAUGGCCCCCAGCUCCCCCAGCAUGCCCCAGCCAGCUGGGCCCGGGAUGGGCCCUCCUUCGCUGGGUAGUGCUAACCGCAAAGCCCAGGAGGCAGCGGCAGCGGCAGCUGCCAUGCCGGGUUCCGCCAACUCGACACACAACAGACAGGGCAGCUGUCAGGGCGCCGGCGUGAGCCAGGCGGGCGCCGCGCCGACCGCCGUCCCCAACAGCCAGCCGGCGGGAAACGCACCCGGUCCGGCCUACAACGUGCCGCCUCCAGGAGCCAUGGGAAUGUCAGGAGACGGGAUGAUGAGCCCAGAUGUGAAAUUGAAAACUGAAAUAAAAGACGACAGCGGCCCGCCCAACGAGCCUCACAGACCAAAGCUGCAGGACGCUUACAGCCACAACAACAACAACAUCAACAUCAACAGCAGCAGCGGCAGCAGCUCCCAGCAGUGUGUCUCCCAGCCGGCCACGCCGGGCGGUGCCCUGCCCGUCCCCUCCCCCCUGUCCCCCAGCCCGGCCAGCCUGUCCUCGUACCACGGAGACGACAGCGACAGCAUCGGCAGCCCCCCCUGGCCCCUCAAGACCCCCGCCAGCCCCAAAGCCGUCACAAACUCCUCCCUCCUCAGUGGGGAGCGAAUCACGCGGCUAUUCGAGCUGGGCGGGGAGCCGGAGAGGCGCGUUUGGGUGGAGCGAUACUUGACCUUCAUGGAGGAAAGGGGAACGCCGGUCACCCAGCUUCCCGCUGUGGGCAAGAAGCCGCUGGACCUCUGGAAGCUCUACAUGGCCGUUCGGGAGAUUGGAGGCCUCGCCAUGGUAAACAAGAAUAAGAAGUGGCGCGAGCUGUCCGCCACCCUGAACGUGGGGACGUCCAGCUCCUCCGCCAGCUCGCUCAAGAAGCAGUACAUCCAGUAUCUGUUCGCCCACGAGUGUAAGAUGGAGAGGGGGGAGGAGCCGCCGGCGGACGGCAGCGGCAGUGGGCCCGGCGGGGACGGCAGGAAGCAGGUCAAGAUCCAGCCACCCUCACCUGCGAAUUCGGGCGGCUCCCUCCAAGGCCCACAGACGCCACAGUCCUCUGGCAGCAGCUCCACAGCCGAGGCGGUCGGAGACCUGAAACCUCCCACACCUGCCACCACCCCCCUGGGACAGGUCACCUCGCUGCCCCCCAACAGGAGCAGUGUGAGCGUGCAGGACCCCUUCUCGGAGGUGAGCGACCCGGCCUUCCAGAAGCGCGCCGCCCCCCUGCCCCCCUCGGCUCCUUACCAGCAGGGCCUCAGCAUGCCUGACAUGAUGAUGAGGAUGCAGUACGACGCCAAGGACCCCUUCGCCGGGAUGAGGAAGAUGGCGGGAUCCGAUCCCUACAUGCCGGGACAAAUGCCCGCUGGGGGCAUGCAGGAGAUGUACGGUCGACCCCCGUCAGCCUUGAGCAUGAGCCAACGGGCGCAGUAUCCAUAUGGGCCGGGCUACGACAGGAGACCGGACCACGUCAUGGGGAUGGAGGGGAACAUGGGUCCCCCCGGGAGUCAGAACAACAUGGGACCUUUGAACAGCGAGGGCGGCAUGUACUCUCCCAGUCGAUACCCUUCACAGCAAAGACACGAUGGCUACAGUCAGCAGUAUCCCAGCAUGCCAUAUGGAAUGCAUCCAUCCGGGAUGUACCCUCAGCAACAGCAGGGCUACAAACGUCCCAUGGACGGUAUGUACGGCCCCCCGCCCAAGAGACACGAGAGCGACAUGUAUGCCAUGCAGUACGCCAACCAGCAGCCGGACAUGUACAACCACUACGGUGGUGGGUACUCGGGACCUGAACACAGACCCGUCCAGGGACAGUUCCCUUACCCCUACCCCCGCGAACGCAUGGCCCCCUCAGGUCAGAGCCAGCACGGCAUGAUGGCCGGGGGGCCCACUCCUAACCAUGCCGCCGACGGGCCCAACAUGUGGCCCUCCAGGACGGAGCUCGGCUACCCGUACCCCAACAGACAGGGGCCGCCGUCGCAGAUGGCGGCCUACGGCCCGAUGGGCCGAGACGACAUGGACGGGCGGCCGGGGCAGGAGCAGUGGCAUCGCCAGUCUCCCUACCUGUCGUCGUCGGGCGGCAUGCCCCCCCUGUCCUCGCGCCAGCCGUCUUCUUACUCCAACUCUCCAUCCAUGGUCAACCACCUGUCCAGAGCGGCCAGCCCGGGAGCCUUCCAACGCUCCAUGGACUCCAGGAUGUCCCCCAAAGCCCCGUUCAUGUCGCCCAUGAAGAUGCCCAAGACCGGAAUGGCCAUGAUGGGCCCGCAGGGAGGUGGACCCCUCGGUCACUUUCCUCCCAACCUGAGGCGGGACCUCAACUACCCACCGGGAUCGGCGGAGGCCACCAUGCCGAUUCUGAAACCCAGACGCAAGCUCACCUCCAAGGACACCGGAACCCCUGAGGCCUGGCGCGUGAUGAUGUCUCUGAAGUCCGGCCUGCUGGCAGAAAGCACGUGGGCCCUGGACACCAUUAAUAUCCUGCUGUACGAUGACAGCACUGUGGGCUCCUUUACGCUCUCACAGUUGCCAGGAUUCCUCGAGCUGAUUGUCGAGUACUUUCGCCGUUACCUAAUUGAGAUCUUUGGCAUCCUGGAGGAGUUUGAAGUGGGGACAGUAGCUCAGAAAAGCCUUUUGGACCCUGCUGCUAACCAGGAAGAAGAAAUCAUCACUGACCAGGAGACGGUUUCCAACGGCCAUCCUGAACCUGAGUCAGCUCAGGCAGAAGACACAAAGAUGGAGCAAGCGGCAGGCGCCGUGGUGGAGGAAGCUCCAGCGGUCACCGCUGCACAGCCAGAAUCGGAAUCGGAGGUAAACAGCGAGAAGGCGGAGUGUGAGUCUGUGAGCAUAAAGAAGGAGGGCAAAAACGAAAUGGACGGACAGGCGGAGCCAAAAGCGGAAGAGAGUGAAAAAGGAGCAGAGAACAGCAAGGAGUGUGUCGAGCUGCCGGUGGCCGAGCUAAAACUUCAACUCAAGCAAGCCAGUAAAUAUGACAAGCUCCCCAUCAAGAUCGUGCACAAAGAGGACCUGGUUGAAGGCAUGACAGAGCGCUUGGGUCACGUCACCGAGUUCACGAGCGGCUUGCUCCACUGGCAGGCUGGCGGAGGGGAUUCCACCGCGCACAUCCAAACGCAAUUCGAACCCCGCGGCGACGCCCCUCCCCCGGCGGACAACGAAAACGAGGAGGAAAAACAAGCGGACGACGGGAAGAAACGACCGCUGAAACACAUCACGGCCACUAUAGACGAUGUCCUCUGUGCUCGGGUCGACGCCCUUUCGUACGGCCACCCUGCGCGCUCCUUGCCCUCCUACCCGUUCAGGGUGCAUCAGGACGGGGAGCAGGACCACAUCACCCUGCUGGAGGAUGAGCCUCGCUGCCUGGACGACGCUCCGCUCUCCACCUCCUCCGCCUGGCAGGACUCGCUGGCCAAGCGCUGCCUGUGCGUCUCCAACAUCGUCCGGAGCCUGUCCUUCAUCCCCGGGAACGACUCGGAUAUGUCACGCCACCCUGCUCUGGUUCUCCUCCUGGGUCGGCUGCUCCUGCUGCACCACCAGCACCCGGAGAGGAACAGGUCGCCCCCGGGCCACCAGAGGGACGAGCAGAAGGAGCGGGGGCUGUCGAGCAGCAGAGAGGAGUGGCGGUGGGAGUGCCUGAGUCUGCUCAGGGAGAAUGCUAUGGUCACUCUGGCCAACAUCUCGGGUCAGCUGGAUCUCUCCACCUAUCCGGACACUAUCUGCCUCCCCAUCUUGGAUGGCCUACUCCACUGGAUGGUGUGCCCCUCCGCCGAAGCGCAGGACCCCUUCCCAUCGGCGGCACCCCACUCCCAGCUCACUCCCCAGAGGCUGGUGCUGGAGUGCCUCUGCAAGCUGAGCAUCCAGGGCGGCAACGUUGACCUCCUGCUAGCCACGCCCCCUUUCAGCCGUCAGGAGAAGUUCUUCACCGUCUUGGUCCGCUAUGUGGGCCAGAGGAAGGCGCAGGUGUACCGAGAGAUGGCAGUGGCUGUGCUCUCCCACCUGGCACAAGGCGAUCCCACAGCGGCACGUGCCAUAGCCAUGAAGAAGGGCAGCGUGGGUAAUUUAGUAGGCUUCCUGGACGACGGUGUCAGCAUGGCGCAGUACCAGCAGAACCCUCACAGCUUGCUGCACAUGGGGCACCCCCCUAUGGACCCACCGAGCAUAAACAUGAUGUGCAGAGCAGCUAAAGGCCUGUUGGCUAUGGCUAAAGUGGAGGAGAACAAGACCGAGUUUGUGUUGUACGAAAGCAGAUUAUUAGACAUCUCCAUUUCCUCUGCGCUCAACGCCGGGGUGGUGGCCAUCAUUUGCCAAGUUCUCUUUCACCUGGGGAAAUUAUGACAAGAGGAGAGGCGGGACUCCCACGGCAGACGCUAAGAUGCUUCUGUGGUUUCCUAUUUUUAUUUAUCAAAAUGGCAGAAAAUGUUUUUUUUUUUUUAAAAGACAUAUCCACAAAAUAUCUCUAUAUAUGUAUAGCUUCUGGGCCCUGUUAAAAAAAAGUGGGUUUGGCAUUUGAAAGCUCAUUUUAAUACUAAUAUUUAAUACCUGCCGCUGUUGGAUUGCUAAUUUUGUUUGGCUUUUUUUUUGUUUUUGUUUACUUUUCAGCCAAAGCUGCCACAAGAUGUCGGUGCUGAAUUACGUGGUUCCUUUUGAGUCGAUGAGUCGUGGAGAUGUUUUUCAGUUUUAUAAACGCUAAUAUACUCAUCAACAUUUUGUCAAUGGAGAGUAUUUAUUUAAAAUGUGACUCUGUACAGUAGUUUGAACUUUUUUGCCAACAGUUGUGGGGGGAAAAAAUUGCUGACUUUUCAAAUUGAAAUGUAUAUGUCUCCAUCGCUGGAAGAUAAAUUGUGCAAUAGGACUCUAGAGCGAGUUUUCCCUUUUCGAGAGCAAGAGGAACCUUAAAAGGUACCUGCAGUGUGUGCUUUAGGCCACGAGGAGGCAGCAUUGCACCGGCCAAUCUACAAGAUAGAAGAGCAUCUGUUAAAAUAAGUGUCUAAUUUAUCAUAGCCUCAAUGACUUUCACGGAUGAACUUUGUGUUUCCUAAGCACUUGUGUUAUGUCUGUAUUUUUUCAUCACCGUGUAUAUAAACCGUUGUACAAUGGACGCACAUUAUUCUUUCAGUGUCGAAAAAGCAUAGCAAGAGAUGGGACUUUCCUACUAUUAUAACAAAUGCUUUUAUUGUUGGUAAAAAUUUGUUAUUGUUAUUAUACAUAUUUUGUUAAUGGGGUCAAAUAUUUGAACAUGGCAGAUGUAACUGGUGUUUCAAUGUAAAAAAAAAAAAAAAUCCUGUACGCAUUGUAUUAUAGCUGAGAAAACAAUCGCUUUGGUAAUCAAACGUGAAAGUGCCAGGGUGAAAGGAUAUUAAGCCGAGGUUGUGCGAGAAAACUGAACACACUGUUCGUCACUGUCCUCCAUUCAUGUCAAUGGGCAUAUUUUUGAAUCUAGAUGAUGCUCUCAAAAGAAACGUGUGAAAAGAACCUUCAAAAUGUCAUGAAAGCUCAUUGUAAAAUCUGCCUUUUUUCGUAUGACUCCAUGUCUCUCUUUUAUUCAGUAUACACAUUUAUACUCUGUGCUGCACAUGUCACAAAUAAAUGUAUGAUGAACAUCAUUAAGCACCGGAGACGUUGCAUUAUGUCCAGACAAUCGUAGGCUAAUAAAACAAAACAUCAACUGCUGA